AGCUUAGUUUAGCCUAGUUGAAAAAAAAAAGUUGCAAUCUCACCCCCGUGGUCCUGCCCACUCGCUCCCGCUAGGUGGAUAACCCACCUACUGUCAAUCUCCCCCUGUCAUUCCUUCUAACUUUACCCUACUCUUACAUCUUCUUGUAUCUUCAGACUUUCCUCCGUCUAGGCCAAGGAAAAAAGAGAUAGCCUGAAGAAUAUUGACAAAACAGGAAAAUCUCAGCAAAACUUAUUUUGGAGAACAAACAAAAUGACCAGCAGUUACAUAUCAGAUUCCUGCUUUGUGUGCCAGCGAGGACUUGUCAAAGGUCAGGGUGUUAAGGGCAGCACUAGUCUUCCACACUCAGGCACACUGGUGUUUGAGGCCAUUGGAGAAAUAGUAGAAGAAGAAACUGCCUUCUCUGAACUAUGUUUCAGAUGUUAUCGUCUGAUACUAAGAAUAGAUUAUCAUAAGAGGGAGCUGAAAUUACUGAGGAAAACCUUUUUUGAACUUUAUAAUGAGAGGGGCAAUUUACAGAGUAAUAUACAAAACAUUGUUGAGUCAAGAGUAAUUGUGUGUAAUGUAGGGAAUGACAAUUUUAUGCAAUCUCCUGCAUGCUCUGAAUCUGCAGACUCUGGUGACCAUGUGUAUUAUAAAAAUAUAUUUGACAACCAGCUAGAAAAUUUGAAUUUUAACGAAACAAAGUUUGAAGUUCACUGUAGUUCAGCUGAAAGAAAUAUACAGAACUCUUCAAUGCAUAAAAGUGAGGAGCAAGAAUUAAGAAAUGUUACAUCAGAAGAAAAGUGUGAUAAUGAAUGUUAUAUUAGAGAUAUAGCUCAUGAUAUUGUUACAGAAAAAGUGAUAAAAGAUGUGACUGUAGAUGGUCAGGAUAAAUUACCAUCAAAGAGAAGAAAAAAAGCCAAAAAAAAUGAGGAUUAUGAUUAUUAUACAGAAGAUGGCAGUGGUUUAGAUUCAGGGUGGCCAAAUCAUAUUGGAAAUUAUUCAUCGGAAUUUAAAACUUGUAAAUCAACUUAUUGUAAAGUGAAAGUUAACUGCAAUUUGUGUAAAAGAAAUUUUAUUACUAAGAAAGAGUACAUUGGCCAUGAAUGCUUCAAAAAGAAGAAAAAGGGAAAUAUCUCUUAUGUAUGUAAGGGAUGUCAAAGCAUAUUUACUUUAAGAAGGGACUACAUUAAGCAUAUUGACUUCUGCUACAAGAAUGUGCCAGUUAAUUGUCAAAUUUGUUUGGUAAAACUUUCCAGUGCAGCAUAUUUACCCCGUCAUAUGAAGUCUUUUCAUGAAGGAGUUGCGGUCACUAAAAAGGGAUGUCUUUGUGAUCAGUGUGGGAGAAGCUUCAGCAGGAAAGAGUCUCUUGAGCGACACCAGGCUAGAGUUCAUGGCCUUUCACAUGGGACGCAUCAGUGUCCUCAGUGUGGCUGCACAUUUCCACACACCUCUUUAUUGGCUGAGCACUUAAGGGCUCAUAAAGGUUACACUUGCACUGAAUGUAACAAAACGUUUAGUUGCAUGUCCAAUCUGACUUUGCAUAAGAGAGUCCACCAUCAAAAGAAGGCUCUGUAUCAUUGUUCCAGCUGCAAUAAAAGUUGGAGGUUUCAUGCUAGUUAUACUUAUCAUAUGCGUAAGGCUCAUGGAUUGGGUCAGCAUAAAUGUUCAAAAUGCAAGUUACUGUUUUCUGCAGAGAAUGCUUUAGAGAGGCAUAAAGAAAACUGUGUCACAGAUUGGAAAGAACAGACAAGUACAGGACAGAGUAACACCACUAGUAAUGAUGAAUCAGAAAAACUAAGAAACGUUAAUGAAUUUUGGGCAGACAAUGAAAUUGGGAAAGAAUUAUCAAGAAAAUCAAACAUUGUUUUAACUGCUGACAAGCAACUGUCAAGUGGAGUGAUAUCAAAAAUAACACCAAAUCAUAGUAAAUCAUUCAGUGAUGUCAGUAGUCAGACUAACACAGAGAGACUACAGCUCUUACAAACACAACAUAUUCAUAAAUGUAGUAGUGCUUUAAAUAAGAAACAUUUGCAACCAAAUAUACAUGUUGUAUCCUCAGACAAUGGGCAUCAGUGUAUUGUAGAAGCCAAAGAUACUAUUGUUUUUGUGCCACCUGUAGCUGAACUUAAAGAAACCCAGGUUGUUUACCAAGUUUCAGCCCAGGACCCUUCCUUAUCAUCAUCUGGAGAGAUUGUUCUUGAAACUCUAGAUGACCUGGGAAGUGAUUUUCAGUUUGUCAUUUUUGUUGAAGAAGGUAGUAAUGAUCUGCAGUGCAGUCCAACUUCAAAAAUCUGAAGGCCCAGGGACUAAGCAGUAAGCUGUUUUCUGAAAAUUAUAUAUACUGUACUGUGCUUUUAAGUGGUAUGAAGUACAAAUUGUGGUAAUGGAUAAAUAUUAGCUUCUAAACAGAUACAGUAUAAGGUUAAAGAAAUACAAAUUGAAAAUCUUAAUAAUGAAUGUUUUAUUAUGCAUUUACUGUAUUUACAAAUUCUGGUAAAACUGUCUGGCUUUUUCAUAAACGAGGGUGUCAGAAAAAGACACCCCUUCACUUCUCUAUUGCUUAACCCUUAAGGUGCCAGCAGAAACAUGUUUUACUGACUCCUACACGGUACUUGUGGGAACAGGUAUUCUCUCUGAGUGCUGUUAAUAGCCUAUGUAUGUCACCUCAUUGGUUCUUGUUUAGGCAAGGAGAUGAGGGAUGGGAGUGGGUGACCAUAGACUGGGAGCUCAGUGAGUAAGGACUAGCAUGUAGGGUGAACAUAUUCCACCUUCCAGCUUGGUGUUGCCACAUACUGUACUCUGCAGGCCACCACGGUUGGUGCAAUUAUGGGCCUGGAACUCGGGAAAAUCCUACACCUCACAAAAUCCAGAAAAUAUUGGAUGUAUAUAUUGACUUGGAUGUAUUAUUGACAGUGAUACUGAAGAGUAAGAUUUAGUAGGUAGAAAAACACCAAAAUGUGGCUGGCCUAUGAAGUCAUACUGUAGUGGUCUUAUAAUUCUACACUGUGAUUCUGGGAACCUAAGUGGUGUACAGAAAUAAGAUUGUGUUUUUGUAAUCCAUGAAAUAAGUUCUUUUAUUCUACAAAAUAAAAAUAAAAAUUU